AUGCCUACCCUCAGCGACGCCCAUCAGCUGCUCCAGCUUGCUGACCUCACCCGCGAUAGUGUUCACCGCAUCAUUGCGGAGUGGGCAAAGCUCCCUGCCGCUUCCCCCAGCAAACAGGGCGGCCCAGUAGACGAUGGUGAAGCCAAUCUGCCCAGCCGCGAGCUCUUCGAAGCGCAACGCACCCUUGUCGCCACGACGGGAAAACUGGUCGAGCUGAUCUCGGACCCCAGCAGUCGACUCCUGGAGGUGUCGUCGCAGUAUAACGAAUCCAGAUGCUUGCAUAUUGCUGCUGUACUCCGGAUUCCGGAUCUGUUGGCGGAGAACGGAGAUAAAGGCAUGUCAAUGGAGCGCAUCGCUGAGAAGGUGGGAAUCGAGACGAGAAAGCUCGGGCGUAUCAUGCGAUGUCUUUGCUCGAUUCACAUCUUCCGCGAGACAGACGAUGGGGUCUUUGCGAACAACGUCAUCUCAGCCGGUUUAGUUGAUAAUGAGCCAUUGAGGGCUUAUAUUGCAAUGUUUGGGUGGGAUCUUUACAGCGCAUCGGACGCUCUUCCACGUGCUCUCCUGGACUCCGAGAUCGGGUCCUCAUACUCGGUCAAGGAAACGGCUUGGCAAAAAGCCGUCGGGACAACCAAGGAGCGGUGGAACUGGCUCGAAGAGGGCGUGACAGCUACAGAGCUCAAAGAUGGCAGAUCUGGGGCUUAUCCAGGGCCAUUUGGCCCCGACGUCACGGCCGCCCUCCAGGGUACGAGCGGAGAGGAAUCAAUCCGUCGACCCGAGCUCGAUAUAUUUGGUCUCGCCAUGCUUGGCGGUGGGCGUGUAUUCGGAGUUGCACAUUUGUUUGACUUCCCCUGGGCAUCAUUGGGCAAAGCGCAAGUUGUCGAUGUGGGCGGCGGAGUCGGUGGAUUUUGCCUCCAGUUGUCCAAGAUUUACCCAGACCUCAGCUUUAUCGUGCAGGACCGCGCGCCUGUGCUCGCUCAAGCCCAGCGCGAGAUCUGGCCGCGCGAGAACCCUCAAGCGCUCAACAAUGGCCGGGUCAAAUUUCUCGAGCAUAACUUCUUCGAUCCCAACCCCGUUGUUGGUGCUGAUAUCUACUGGCUGCGGUAUAUUUUGCACGAUUGGUCGGAUGACUACUGCAUCCAGAUCCUCUCGGCCAUCAAAGAAGCUAUGAAACCUGGGUCCCGGGUCCUCAUCUGCGACCAGGUCAUGAACACCACGGCUGGGUUUGCAGAGCGAAUUGCACCGGCGCCAGACCCGCUCCCGGCCAAUUACGGCUAUUUCACCCGAUACAGCCACCAGCGGGACAUUGCCAUGAUGAGCAUCAUCAAUGGCAUUGAGAGAACGCCAGCGGAAUUUCAGGAUAUUAUCGAACGGUCAGGGCUGGUGAUGAGUCGGAUCUAUGAUUGCCGAAGUCAGGUUUCGUUAGUGGAGUGCGUUUUGCCUGACGGGACGCAGACCGCGCCGAAUGGUUAUCACUAG